CUUGCAAUCACCUCACCAAAUGGGCCGAAUAAAAUUACAGGAAAUGCAUCAAAUAAUCAAUCGUAGAAUGGCGUAUCCAUUGCGCAGGCACAGGGGACUCGACUCCGGCAUUCAAUUCAGUCAAGUCUACUGUAAUGGCUCUGUCUCUGUGCUAUCUUGACUUCACCUCAGACAUAUACUAGUUUAUCUUGGACUUGAUGGAGGCGGUAGCAGAAGACACACUGGGUGCGGCGACGUCUCCGCAUUGAACUCAGGGCGAAUGCACACGGUGGUGGUGGGCCAGCGAUCUGGGACGGACUUGGUUUUGCGGCAAAUCCCGGUCAGGGGAGAUUUCGUAAUUAUCUCAAUAAUAUUCACUUGGGGGUUUUUGUAGUGUUUGACAAAGUUGUAGGGAGGUUUUUUCUAAAAUAUUCAAAGAUUUCAAUUGACAAGAGUAAAUACAUGAAUCUUUAGUCACUCUUUUUGUAAUAUUCGAAAGAUCCUUACCCUUUUCGUUUCUCUCUCUCUCUCAUCUCUCCGAACAAAAUCCCUAAAAACAUCAUCAUCAUCCACGGUGGUAGUAAGCGACCACCCCAUCUAAUCCGCCGUCGACCACCAUCCACCCUGAUUCUCACCGCCGCCAUCUCAUUCUCCAUCAUCUUCCAAUCUGUGAUUCAUCGCAUCCUCUAGCGGCAAAGCGGCAGCCACCACCAGAUCGGCCGCCGCCGUCGUCUUAGCCAGUCCAUCCGAUCCGCCACAGCCAUUUUUAUCGUCCUAUUCGUUCCCCAUUCAUCAUAUCUCACUGGUGGGAAACCAGAUCUGCGACAGCCUUUUUUUUCCCCUGCAACUCAGAUCUGUUACCCAGCAUCCUUUCAAAUUCUUAUGGAUUUUGAGGCUGAUGUCGAUGUCAACGGUGAGGUGGUCGCGAGUUCUAUCGACCUUGAAGGCAGAACAGAUGAUGAGAAUGCGAUUGCUGGGAGUUCAUCUGUUGAUGGAUCUUUUCAGCAGUGCGGGAAUGUAAAGUCAGAUAUGGAACUUUCAAGAAGGGAAAUCGCUGCACUGGAAGAAGAUGCUCAAGCUGUGAAUAGUUCAGAUUCACUUGAUGAACCUUAUGUAGGCCAGGAAUUUGAGUCUGAAGCAGCUGCCCAUUUAUUUUACAAUACAUAUGCAACCAGAGUCGGAUUCGUGAUAAGAGUGAGCAAGCUAUCUCGAUCGAGACGGGAUGGAUCAGCAAUCGGCCGGGCCCUGGUUUGCAACAAGGAGGGUUUCAGGGUGCCUGAUAAGCGUGAAAAGGUUGUGCGGCAGAGGGCGGAGACAAGGGUUGGUUGCAGAGCCAUGAUUUUAGUUAGAAAAGUAAGCUCUGGAAGAUGGGUUGUUACCAAAUUUGUGAGGGAACAUACGCAUCCAUUAACUCCUGGGAAAGGUCGCAAGGAAUUGAUAUAUGAUCAGUACCCGAAUGAGCAUGAUAAGAUUCGGGAACUUUCGCAGCAGCUGGCCAUCGAGAAGAAGCGGUCGGCUGCGUAUAAGCGGCAAUUGGAAAUGAUUUUCGAGCACAUUGACGAGUAUAACGAAUCCGUCUCCAAGAAGAUCCAAGAAAUUGUAAAUAAUGUAAGGGAAAUGGAGUCUGCAGGCACAGAGCAACAAAAUUAUAGUAGUAGAUAAAUGUAGUUUAGUCAUGGAAUGAGUUCCGAAAUGGUGGGAAUUCAGGACAUUGUAUUUAGGGUGGUGUUUAGGGAAGAAGACAUUACACAUUUACUCAGUGGAGGAAGAAAAUGUAUUGAUGUAAGCUCUGAGAUUUGGAUCAACCUGUUACAACUUUUCUCUGCUCAGUUUCUACUUGUUAUCAUAAGUUUUCAUUUGUUCGAAAAGUCCAUUGCUGUAUAAAUUAAGAUGAAGCAUGCUCUCCUUCAGCCACAAGGACCAAGAACCUUCUUGUUUUGACUCGGAUUUAGUACACCUCAACUUUCUCAGAUGAUCAUGUUCAAUGCCUAUUUACACCCCAGUUUUUCUCUCCCGAAG